AUGGCGCUGAAACACUUAAUGGCCGUGGUGGGCCUGAGCGCAUGCUCCGUUGUGCUGACGGCCAAAGCGCAAUCCACCGCUGCAACAGCAUGCGCGAGUCCCAUUGCCCCACAAAAUGGUGCUCCUUCGGUGGCGCCGGGGUUCCGUGUUGAGGUUGUGGCUAAUGGCCUGAGGAAUCCACGCGGCAUUAUUUUCGAUCGCGAAGGUGGACUGCUUAUUGUGGAACAAGAGCAUGGGGUUAGUAGGUUGAGGCUAACAGGUGAUGGAGCUUGUGUUAGGGUGGAUGGGGACGUGCAGAAGGUGGUUGAUGAUGCAUCUUUGAAUCACGGAAUCGCUUUCUCGCAGGAUGGUAAUACGCUCUAUGCAUCAUCCCACAGCAAUGUCUACGCUUGGAACUACGAUGCGUCGCAGGGUCAGACUACAUCCGAAUCCCGUGAUAUCGUCGAAGGCAUGGGGGACUAUGAAGGGCAUACCACGCGUACCCUUCUCAUGUCCCAGGUCGUGCCUGGAAUGCUACUCGUCUCUCGUGGCAGUGUGGGUAAUAUCGACCUUCAGACUCUAGAUGUGACUACAGGAGUCUCAACCAUCAAAGCCUUCAAUGUGGACAACAUGACCGACUCAGCAUAUGAUCACGCGUCAAGCGGACUAUUGCUGGGUUGGGGUCUAAGGAACUCGGUAGGAGUAGCUGAGGAACCUAUCUCAGGUGGUAUCUACUCUGUCGAGAACAGCGUCGACAACAUCCCGCGAAGUGGACAGACUAUCAACCAGAACAAUCCAGGUGAGGAGCUGAACUUUCACGGUUACCUCAAUGGAACCGAGAGCAGCGUACAAGGUGGCAACUACGGCUAUCCCUCAUGCUUCACGGCAUGGAACGUAUCUGAGAUACCAGACUUUGGUGGAAUGACAGGCCAGCAGUUCGCUAUUGGUGAUCAGAACGCAACUGUCAACGAUACUUUCUGCGAGAACGACCGCAUUGCCCCUAGGAUCACGUUCGAUGCUCAUAUGGCUCCCCUCGAUAUCAAGUUUAACCCCAACGGCACUGCUGCAUGGGUAACGAUGCAUGGCUCAUGGAAUCGCGAAGAGCCCAUCGGCUACAAGCUCAGCCUCGUGCAGUUUGACGGCAACGGCUCGCCUGUGGCGCCUGCAAACAGUACCACUGCCGCCACCGAUAUCGUCUCUAAUCCCGAUCUCUCUGCUUGUCCUGGCUCUUGCUUCCGACCCGUCGGUCUUGCGUGGGAUGCUCAGGGUCGCUUGUUUAUGAGUUCAGAUUCAACGGGCGAGAUCUUCGUCGUUACGAGAGAGGAUGGUAGUGGUGUUGCGGAUGUGAGCAAAACAACGAGUGAUGGGGAGGGUGCGAGCCCUAUGGCAUCUGGAAGUGCGCCUGAGCCGAGUGCGACAACUGGUGCUGCGAUGAGGUGGGGUGUUGGGAGCGGAGGCUAUUGGGCUGUCGGUGCAGCUAUAGUCGGCGCGUUGCUUUAA